GCUUACAGAUCCAUUGCAUUUCUUUCUGCAACUGCACAUGUGGUGGGCAGAAAUGGCAUGUGCUCUUUCAGGUGGCGUUAUUGCCUUUGCCACAAGAAAUUGGAAUCAAUCAAACCCCCCAACUCUUGAAAUGUGCAGAAGAAACAUCCCACCUCCACCUCCUAGUCCUUUCAACUUCCUUGCAACCUUGCAAGCAUCUUCAUUACACACACAAGCCCCAUGUGCCCGUUCUUAUCAAGCUUGCAUUAUUUAUCUCUUUCUUUUUGUUCCAACUUCAACCUUUCAAACACUUUAGGAAUUUCCUCCUUUCAGCCACAGAUCUCAUUCCACCACAAUGGAAGAACAGUUUUGGUUCAAUCUCCACUGUCCAUUGUUCUCAAGUAUUAUUACCACUUCACAUAUUCACAGUGCUUAAGGUUUUCACUAUUGACCAUUGAAAUUAGUCAAUGACUAUGUAGGCUUAAGAUCCAAAACCAGUCAAUGAGUAGGAGAGGGCAUUCUUGUCAAACCACAACCAACAUGAAAUUUGUUCUUUUCUACUCCUCCAAUCUGUCAACUGAUACAAUAAUACUACAACCAAUUAAACAUAUUCUAACAACUUCAACCCCACCAUCCUAUAGUGCUACACCACUGUUCCCCCCUCCCUUCUAAUUAAAUUUGACAAACCCCUCCCAAGUUUCCACAGACAGGCAAGAUCAAGCAAGAUGGCCAAUCUGAGAAGUCCCAUGUUCAUGGUUCUCUGUGCUUUCCAGCUUCUUGCCUUGCUUCAAUCCCAAGUCUCCUGUUACACAUUCAAGGUCGGAGAUUUAUCCUCUUGGGGCAUUCCUUCUGAGACAAACCCCAAAAUCUACUCUUAUUGGUCCAAAUACCACUCCGUAAGGAUUGGAGAUUCCCUCUUGUUCUUGUACCCACCAAGCCAAGACUCAGUGAUCCAAGUCACCCCACAAAAUUUCGACUCCUGCAACCUGAAAGAUCCAAUCUUGCACAUGAACAACGGCAACUCUUUGUUCAACAUCACCGAAGAGGGAGACUUCUACUUCACGAGCGGGGAGGCCGGGCACUGUGAGAAGAGGCAGAAGCUUCAUAUAAAAGUUGGCAAUGGCACUUCUUCUGCUUAUGCUCCUAAUUCAGGUCCCGGCGGUGCCUUGGCUGACACUGCUCCCUCUUCGCCAAUCGCAUUCGGCUCGAUCCCAGUCGCUCCUUCUACUUCUUCUUCUUCUUCUUCCGGAAUGGGAGCCAGAUUCGCAGUCAUCUUGUCAGCCAUUGUUGGAUCAUUGGUCUCUGGAAUUGUGGUCAUAGGAAGUCUGUGAAUCAAUUGAGUUCACAGAAAAUGCAGUUGAGACAGCAUUGAUUGAUUUUUGUUACACCAUUUAUCUUCUCCUAUUGUUCAAUUCUAUCGGUCAAUAUACGGAUUUUUUUUUGGGGUUCUGGACACAAAACAGAGGAUUCGAUUCAAGUGAAUAAAAGACGCAAUUUUUUGGUUUUCAUCCGGUAAAAAGUGAAAGUGUGAAACUGGGAACGGGUCAAUUUGAUGCAUUCGAAGAAAAGCGGGCAGUGGGCACGAACUACCCAAUGGCCUAAUCGAGGAAAAGUUGCAAUCUUUAAGGAAGAAAGGAAAUUUGAGAAGCAAAAACAAAAAGAAAAGACAACGUACAGCUUCCCCCCUGUUGGCGCUGCUGGCGUGACAUACUCCUUCCCGUCCCAGUUGCAUUUAUUAAAUUCAUUUCACAAAUCAGAUUUGCCAGCUAUUCCUCAUCUUUGUGCCGACACCCUUCUGUCUGCAACUCUCUCGCUGCGAUCCAUCCCUUGUGGCUUUUGAAUUUUCCAAAGAAAAACAUGUCGACCAAGUGGGGUCGAUUUCCAGGUUAUCUAUUCCUGUUCCAACAGCUCUGAUAGGGCAUCGGGAGAUGUUAAGAUGCGACCAGAAUUUAUAUAGUUUGUUUGUUUAAUCAAUCUCAGCGAAAUGGACUUUAGGCAAUGGAGGUAGCAUGAAUAAAUACUGAACCAACCAGGCUGUCUUGAGAUCUGGGUGAAUAUGCGAGCAGUCAGCAGAGUGAAUGGUUAUGGUCGCCUUUGUUUCGGAUGCCACGGCCACCUAAUAAUAAGUUGAUUUCAAAUCCCUUUUUUUCCCCCGGAUUUCCAAAUGGGAAAGAGCAAAAGAUUAGCCUGUAAAAAUGGUGUUAGUGAGCUUCAUGGAUUGUGUAAGCCCAAACAAAGAAAAGACCAUUAGUGGGCUUCCAACUAUGUCCUUCAGAUUCAAGCAAUAUGUCCCACAAUAAGAUACUCUUGUUACAUGAUUAGGUUUUUACCGAUUGUCUAGUUAAUUCCCACCUUAAGCAUCACAUCUUUUAUUAAAAAUCCCUCUACUCUAUCACGAGUUCUACUAUGCCAAAAUUGAUCACUAGUAUUACAUUUUUCAUGUUUGCCCUGUUCUUUUCAAUGCCAUCAUAAUGUUAUUCAUUAUCCACUCAAAUACGUUUUGAUUUUUAUAGUUAAUCUAUCCAAAUUUUUCUUCGAUCUUCUGGUUGGUGUAUUUGAGAGUAGUUUCUAGUCCACAAUGCCUAGGGUCUGAACUCUAUAUGACUUUAUGUUGUUUCCUCGUUCGAUAUCAAAGUUACCGGUGCUUAAUUUAGAAUAUGAAAAAACGAUUGAUUUUUUC